UUCAUCAAAUUUAGAAUUUUCCAAUGCAAUGAAUUUUGCCGACAAAAUACCUUCGCCUCACCGUUUACUUAUAGUCGGUGCAGGAUUCACGGGAUCGGUAACAGCUUCGUUACUUCGCCGAAAGUUUCCAAAGGACGUCUUAAACAUUACCGUUUGGGAGAAGUCUCGAGGUGCUGGUGGACGAAUGACUACCAACAGGAACCCCAGUGAUCCACGAUGCACUGCCGAUCUUGGAGCCCAAUACGUUUCAGCCACGUCGGCUUAUGCAAAAUCACACGAAAGCUUCUAUCAGGAGCUGAUAUCUUCUAAUGUGUUGGUACCAUUUAAUGGAAUCAUUGAGGGAGAGAAAAAACAAAAUGGAGUUAAACACUUUGUGGCACCAACAGGAAUGAGUAGUAUAGUCAAACAUUUUCUGCAUUCUUCAGAAUCUAACGUCUUCUACGAGAAGCACUGCAGUGCAAUCAACACACUUGAAAAACCAGAGAACAACUCUCGUAUCGCCAAAACAUGGCAGGUCACAGACCUUAAAGAAAACUCUUCGGAAUUUGAUUCAGUUAUUGUCACCAUACCAACACCACAACUUUUAAACUUGAAGGGCUCCAUUCAGGAUUUCCUACAAAGCGAAAGAUCUUCCUUGGAAACUGUGCAAUAUUCUUCGCGAUACGCUGUAGCGUUGUAUUUUGAUCAGGGAGUGAAAAUAGAUGUCCCGUGGACUUGUAAGUACGUGGUGGACAGUCCAUGUGUAAGGUUCAUAUCCGUGGACUCGAGAAAGAGAUUUGGUAAAGAUCCCGAAGAUAUUGGACCGUCUCUCCUAGUGCACACAAGCGUGCCAUUUGGCAUUCAACAUUUAGAGAUGGAGAUGAACGAUGUCAAAGACAUCAUCAUAUCACACGUGAACAAGAUACUUCCUGACCUCCCAGUGCCGGUGAACAGUCGCUGUAUACGAUGGAGAUAUUCCCAAGUGUCACGCAGUGUAGAAGGGACCCCUGGAUGUGCAGUAUUGUGUGACAUACCUCUCCUUAUCGCCUGUGGUGAUGCGUUUUCACAUUCGAACUUUGAUGGCUGUAUCGAAUCAGCCUUGUCCGUGGUGAACGCUUUUAGUAAAACGACACUCGAUAGCAACUUGUAGCGUUACUGUGUUGUUGCUAUGUGCAUAAUUGUCACGUUAGACGGGUUGCAGAACAACGUUGUAGUUGCGUGACGGCCCACUAAGGGCACGAUUACGUCAGUUGCAUAAAAUUUACUCCCAAGCCUCGUUCACACGAUAAUUUUCUCAAAUCGCAGCCAUCUUGUGCAGUGCUGUCUUCACGUGUGAAUUCGUUUCAAUAAGGUUGCUUUGAGAAUUCGCUGCGUUCAUGGUAAACUUCAGAAGUUUUUGUACUUCGAAAAAGCGAGGCCUGGAGGUGAAUUUAGCUAGUAGUCAAGGGGACUACCCAAUCUCAGAGAGAAACCUGGAAAAGAGGGUCUGGGCAAAAGAGUAAGAAGACGCACAACUCAGUUCUGGUCGCAGAGCGGCAUUGCCAAGAAAAUGAAGAGAGAAUUAUAGAAAGUUGAAGAUGUGGUAAGGGGACUGUAUAAAAUCGAUAGCAUUUCUAGUACCUUGACAACUGUCCGCAGGUGUAGGGUAACCCGCUUCAUGCAGCUAGUUGUCCCAGGGACUAUGACCCUUUAUAACAACACUGCCCAAACUGUAUUUUGAUCGGGCGUUCCGAAGUGGGGGCGAGAAAACUCCGGGAGACAGCAAGAGAUCUGUUUAUUAAGCUUAGUACGAAAGAUGGAGGCUCCAGGA